AGUUUUGUCCUUUCACCCAUUCCAUUUUUAUUGGCCCUACCAUUUUCUCGCUCUCAGACACACACAUACACUCUCUCGUCAUCUCUCUCGCCUCCUCCAUCUUUCUUUUUCUUCUCUUCACUCCUCAGGUUCCGAUCCAAUAGCAACCCAUGACGGAGGAGAAACACGUGCGGAAAACACGUGUGGUCGACGUGGUUCUCGACUGCGUCAUACCCUACAUCGAUGACCCUAAGGACCGGGACGCCGUUUCUCAAGUGUGUCGACGCUGGUACGAGCUCGACUCCCUCACCCGGAAGCACGUCACCAUCGCCCUUUGCUACACCACAACGCCGGCACGCCUCCGACGUCGCUUCCCGCAUCUGGAGUCACUUAAACUGAAGGGGAAACCCCGCGCCGCAAUGUUCAACCUGAUUCCCGAGGAUUGGGGAGGCCACGUCACCCCCUGGGUUGAGGAAAUCUCUCAGUACUUUGAUUGCCUGAAGAGCCUCCACUUCCGCCGCAUGAUUGUCACUGAUUCCGAUCUUCUGCUCCUCUCUCGCUCCCGAGGUCACGUGCUGCACGCUCUCAAGCUUGACAAGUGCUCCGGUUUCUCCACAGAUGGACUUCUUCAUAUUGGUCGCCUUUGCAAGAAUUUGAGAGUUUUGUUUCUGGAGGAAAGUUCUAUUGUUGAGAAGGACGGAGAAUGGCUACACGAACUUGCUUCGAAUAAUACAGUUCUUGAGGAUCUGAAUUUUUAUCUGACAGACAUUGCUUGUAUAAGGAAUCAGGACCUUGAACUCCUGGCUAAAAAUUGCCCGAACUUAGUGUCUGUGAAACUUACUGAUUGUGAAAUACUUGAUCUUGUGAACUUCUUUAAGCAUGCUUCUGCUCUAGAAGAGUUUUGUGGAGGCACCUACAACGCGGAACCAGAAAAUUACUCUGCUAUAUCAUUACCAGCAAAGUUAUGUCGAUUGGGUUUAACGUAUAUUGGAAAGAAUGAGUUGCCCAUAGUGUUCUUAUUUGCAGGCGUACUAAAAAAAUUGGAUCUCCUCUAUGCAAUGCUGGACACGGAGGAUCAUUGUACCUUAAUCCGAAAGUGUCCAAAUCUGGAAGUCCUUGAGACGAGGAAUGUAAUUGGCGAUAGAGGGUUAGAAGUUCUUGGUCGUUGUUGUAGGAGGCUAAAAAGGCUUAGGAUUGAAAGGGGUGAUGAUGAUCAAGGAAUGGAGGAUGAAGAAGGUACCGUGUCUCAUAGAGGGCUAAUAGCCUUAUCACAGGGCUGUUCAGAGCUUGAAUACAUGGCUGUUUACGUGUCCGAUAUAACAAAUGCAUCUCUGGAACAUAUUGGAACUCACUUGAAAAAACUAUGCGAUUUUCGCCUAGUGUUACUUGAUCAUGAAAAGAAAAUAACUGAUUUGCCACUUGACAACGGAGUGAGGGCUCUUCUGAGGGGCUGCGAGAAGCUGAAAAGAUUUGCUCUGUAUCUGAGGCGGGGGGGUUUGACUGAUGCAGGUCUUGGUUACAUAGGACAGUACAGUUCAAAUGUUCGAUGGAUGCUGCUGGGGUAUGUGGGGGAGUCUGAUGCAGGGCUUUUGGAAUUCUCAAAUGGGUGUCCUAAUCUUCAGAAACUCGAAAUGAGAGGGUGUUCUUUUUUCAGUGAGCGUGCACUUGCUGUGGCUGCAACGCGAUUAACUUCUCUGAGGUACUUGUGGGUGCAAGGGUAUGGAGCAUCUUCAUCUGGGCAUGAUCUUUUGGCAAUGGCUCGCCCCUUUUGGAACAUUGAGUUGAUUCCUUCUAGAAAGGUGCCUAACCAUCAGGAUGAGACUGUAGUUGUUGAACAUCCAGCUCAUAUUCUUGCCUAUUAUUCUCUUGCAGGCCAGAGAUCAGAUUUUCCAGAUACUGUCGUGCCUUUGGAAGCUGCCACGCGUGUUGUUGACGCCUAGACUUCUGUAUAUACCAUUUUUCUUUUCUUUUUCUUCUCCACUUUCAUAUGUGCUUCUAUCUAUGUAUGUUCUUACUCUAUUUCUAGUUCAUUUUAGACCAUUACUCCUGUAAUAAGCCUGUUGUCAUUCAGAAACGCUUCCCCUAACGCAGUUGGUUCCCUUUAAAACUCAACAUUCUCAAUUUUGUGAAUAAAAAGCCAGGGUAGUUUUUUUUUUUCA